AUGAAUGCGCCGAUAAUACCACAAGAGCCACCGUUUCAAGGUGGCGUCAAAGGCACCGUCACAGACAGAGAGGCAAGACUUCGUCGCCGCAAUAAACCCAGCGAAGCACGAGACGAGAAAGUGCCCCCGAGCGCAAAGUCAGGCGGUAUACCGGAGCCUUCACCGGAAUACCGACUGCGCGCCUCCUUCGCCCCGAUCCGGCUGCCCAAGCCGCGGCCGAUCCUCGUGGUGAUCGACCUCAACGGCACGAUGGUGUACCGGCCGAUGAAGCGCAACCCGACGCACAUCGUGGCGCGGCCGCACGCCAAGCGCUUCAUGCAGUACUGCAUCGACACCUUCUGGGUGGUCGUGUGGAGCAGCGCGCGCCUGCAGAACGUCGACAACAUGUGCCGCCAGCUGCUGUCGCCGCAGCAGCUCGCGCGCAUCGUCGCCGUCUGGGGCCGCGAGCACUUCGGCCUGGCGCCCGACGACUUCAGCCGCCGCGUGCAGUGCUACAAGCGCCUGACCAGCCUGUGGGCCGACCCCGUGGUCGCCGCCUCGCACCCGGACUUUCGGGGAGGCCAGCGUUGGAACCAGGGCAACACGGUCCUCAUUGACGACUCGGUCGAGAAGGCGCGCAGCGAGCCGCACAACCUCGUUGCGAUACCCGAGUUCCUGGGGGACGUGAAUGAGAGGCCGGAGAUUUUGCCGUUGGUCCACGACUAUCUCAACGAGCUGGCGCAUCAGUCGGAUCUCAGUACCUUUAUGCGGACCGCUCCGUUCCUUCUGGAAAGAGCAGUAUAG